AUGAUGAACCCAAUCCCAAUUCCGAUCGCUAUCAGUCUCAAUCCCAGCCCGAGCCCCAGUCUUAUCCUCACUCUCACUUUCACUUUCACUUUCACUCUCAUCCUCAUCCUCAUCCUCAUUCUCAGCUCCUCUUUCAGUUUCGCCCUCAUUCUCACUUUCGCUCUCACUGUCACUGUCACUGUCACUGUCGCUAUCCCUAUCACUACUACUGUCACUAUCACUUUCACCUUCAGUCUCAGUAUCAGUCUUAUCCUUAUCCUCAUUCUCUCUCCCACCCGCAGUCUCGCCCUCAGUCCCACUCUCGCGCAAUUCUUCCAUUAUUCGUUCUUUUUGUAUCAAUUCUGCUUUAUGGGCCUUCUCGUUUACCAUCAGCUGCAGCAAAAAGUCGUUGAGAUCCAUCUCCUGCACUUCACUUUCCGACAGCCGAAAGGAUUGAAGAUAUGA